AUUGACCACAACCCCCCUGACAGAGUCCUCAUCGCGGAUGAAUGCAUAGCUGCCUACAGAGAGCUGCUGUGUACGCGAGGGCCCCGCAAGCCCAAGUUCGUUCUCUAUAAGAUCUCCGACGACGAGCGGUCGAUCAUCGUGGACGAGCGGUCAUCCGAAACAAGCUACGAAGCAUUUCUGGGAAAACUCACCUCGGCGACCGACGGGGAAGGUCACCAGGCACCUCGCUAUGCAGUCUACGAUGUGGAAUAUGACUUGAAUGAGGAUGGUCGCAGAGCAACAACGGUGUUCAUCAGCUGGAUGCCGGAUGCCACGCCGAUGCGGCGCCGGAUGCUCUAUGCUUCGAGCGAAGAGCAGCUGCGAAGGGCCCUUGAUAUCAAGGUUUCGAUCCAUGCAGAUGAUGUACAUGAUAUUGAGUGGAGGACGGUUCUGAAGGAGGCGAGC